ACGCCCGGGCGUUAAUUUUUCCCUCGCUUGAGCUGAGCGUCGAGUUGAAAAUUUAUAUUUAUUUGUACAUCCGUGGCGAUAAUGGAGAGGGAAAAAGGCUGGUUGCAAGCGUACAUUCCUCAGAAAUCCUCCGAUUAUGUAGCAUUCUUAUUCAUGAUCGUUAUGCUUUGGGUGAUAGCACUCUUCGAACUUUUUGUUGUGCUACCGCUCUACCACGAAGCGUUCUCUACAUGGUGGUAUUUACACGUGUUUUCCGGGUUUUUCUUGUGGUUGAACGUGUUCGCCAACUUUUUCUUUUUGAUCACAACGGAUACAACAGGAAAAAAUCUGGGAAUGCCGUCUGUAUUGAAGCCCGGUUGGUCGUAUUGUCCUUUCUGUCAGCUGAAUUCACCUCCAAGAGCACAUCAUUGUCAAGUCUGCAAUGAAUGUGUUUUGAAGCGAGAUCACCAUUGUGUUUUCGCAGGGAAAUGUGUUGGCUUCAGGAAUUAUCGCUAUUACAUGUUUCUAGCGUUGUACCUUUGGUUAGGAGCUCUUUAUGCCAAUAUUUUUCAUCAUGAAUAUGUGACGUCGGAAAUUGGCAGUUUCAGUUUUGCAACAGUGCUUACCAUGGUGACUCCAAUCCUAAUGUGGAUGUUAGGGUACACAACUCUUUACGGAUUUUUCGUUUCCUUUAUGACGGGGCUUUCCAUUUUUGCGUUCAUUCUCUUUAGUGGCUUGCUGCUCUUUCAAAUUGGAAUUAUUUCCCGCGGUCAAACUUCGUAGGAGAGAAAGAAGAAAAAAAAAGAAUACGACCUUGGUUGGAAGCAAAAUUUCUUAGACGUCUUUGGAGAGAGGUGGUAUUUAGCUUGGAUCUGGCCCACUGUAAGUUCAGCUUUGCCAGGAGAUGGAACAAAUUACAAGAAAACGUAUCUUCAGGAAAGCAAAGACCUCUGAUAGUUGUGCAACUCCAAAAAAACAUUUCCAUGUCGUAAAUAGUACCUUGCAAUAUUCAAAACACAAUUAAGAAGUUCUGUAGCUGGAUUCAGCAUCUCACAUGUCUUGGAUUUUAUCAUUCAGCACCCAAUUUCUUCUAAAGCCUGUUUUUUACCAGAGUUGAAAUCAUAGAGGAAAGCGCAGCCCUAACAGGGGACUAUGAAAUUGAAUAUCUUAAGACCAAAACUUAGCUUAUUAGAUAAUGAAAAAAUGUAACAGUCUUGAUAUGCUUCAGGUUUCCAAUGAGAGAAUAGUCCAUUUUACAGUUGGGUGCUUGGUUGCCAAGCCUUUGAGUGGGAGUGAGGUUAGGGUUGACCUUGU